AUGGAUACGCAGCAGCAGCAGCAGAGAGCGGACGCGGAGCAGCUCCAGGAGCUCUUCCGCACGGCGUACGCGCGCUUCCUGUCGCAGGGGCUGGAGCCCAACGACGCCGACGUCAAGAUGGAGGACGCGUCGCGUCAACAGCAGCAGCAGCAGCAGGAGGAGGAGGACGUCGAGAUGGAGACGCUCAAGGAGGUGCCGCCCGCCUCGACCUCCACUCCUGCGUCUGCCUCUGCUCCUGCUGUCCCAAUGGGGACGCAGCUGGAGAACGCGCUGAAGCUCGCGACGGAGACGAGCGACUACCGCGUAGUGAAGAGGCUCGUGUACCAGACGCAGUGGUGGGGCAUCGAGCGCGAUCAGAUGGGGCGGGUGUUUGCGCUGCUGGACGCUGCGAUGAGUGGGAGUGACCAGGAGGCGAUGCAAAACACAUUCCGGAACGCCCUGGAGAUGCUGGUGACGCAGCCCUGGAACGUCUGCUCGACGUGGCACGCGCCCCGCGCGCUGCGGUUCUUCUUGGUGCUGUUCGAGCACCCGUCGAUGUUUGACCCAGACUAUUUGAACGUGGUGGGCGGGCUCUGCAGACUGUUAUACUACCUCCCGGAAGAUGCCAAGGCUCUGGUGCGGGCCCAAUGGAUGGAGUUCUUCUCGGCUGAUGAGCUGCACCGGCUUAUGGACAUCCUGCAGCAAGCCAUCACAGUCUGUCUCUACGGCUCGCGUAAGAUGGAUCUGGUGUAUGCUGCCUGUGGUGUGCUGGCAGAGCUCCAUGUUGUGAACCGAGAACGUGCAAACGGCCACGAGCCGUUCGCCACGUACGACGAGUUCUACAACGACGCUGUGAACUCAGAGGUGGACAUCGUGCAGGACUACUCGCACUCCAUCAUCUUCUGGAAAAAACGUCACGCUGCCACACGAGCCGUUCGACGGCUGGAACGAGAGGAGCUGCGACGUCGCCGGCAACAAGAUGGAGACGAAGACGACACUGAACGUGAGCGUGAGGAGCAGCGCAGAGAGCAGGAGGAGGCUGAACGCGACGCUGAGCCCAUGCCGGAGCGCAUGCUCUCGGAAAUGUCCUUUUGCGACUUUCCGUUUGUGCUAGAUGCGGCCUCCAAGAGCAAGGUACUACAGAUUGACUCGGACCUUGAACAGCGUGCACGAGCCCAGGACGCAGUUUUGUCAUCUCGCUCCAUGUUGGCGAUGGAAAGUGCACCAUCGCCAUAUUUGGUGCUGAAGGUUCGACGCGAUAACAUUGUGGAGGACGCGAUGCAGCAGUUGGUGCACUUGUCGUCGUCGGCGGAGACGCUGAAAAAGCCGCUCAAGGUCAAGUUUGUCGGUGAGGAAGGCAUCGAUGAGGGCGGCGUGCAGAAGGAGUUCUUCCAGAUCGUCAUUCGGCAACUAUUGAACCCGGCUUAUGGCAUGUUCACGUACGACGAGGAGACGCGCACGUUGUGGUUCAAUAGCGAUUCAUUGGAGGCUACGAUGGAGUUCGAGCUGAUUGGCACACUGCUGGCUCUAGCCAUCUACAACGCUGUCAUUCUGGAUGUAAGCUUUCCCCACAUCGUGUACAAGAAGCUGAUGGGGUGCUCACUGGGACUGGAGGAUCUUGAGCUCGCUCUGCCGGAUCUUGGUCGCGGUCUGCGGCAGUUGUUGAACUUCCAGGGCGAUGUCGAAGGCGUCUAUCAGCGCAACUUCGAGUACUCGUACGAAGUGUUCGGCGAGGUGAAGACGGUGGAGCUGAAGCCCGGAGGCAGCUUGAUUCCAGUGACGAAUGCGAACCGGGAGGAAUAUGUAUCGCUCUACGUGGAUUACGUGCUGAGCAAGUCGGUGUCUCGGCAAUACGCCGCUUUCCACCGCGGCUUCCACCAGGUCUGCAAUCGCGAGGUGUUGAGUAUGUUCCGGUGGGAGGAGCUGCAGCUGCUGAUCUGCGGCAGCAGCGACCUGGACUUCGAGGCGCUCGAGGAGGCCACACACUACGAGGACGGGUUCACAAAAGACAGCACCAUCAUCCGGGACUUCUGGAUCAUUGUGCACGCGCUCCCGCUGGAGGACAAGAAGAAGCUGCUGCGGUUUGCAACAGGCAGCGACCGCGUGCCCAUCCGCGGGCUCUCGAACCUCGUGUUUGUCAUCUCUCGCAACGGGCCGGACUCGGACCGCCUCCCCACAGCGCACACCUGCUUCAACCACCUGCUGCUGCCCGAGUACAGCAGCCGCGACAAGCUCCAGGAGCGUCUCCUGUUGGCCAUCAGCCAGGCCGAAGGCUUUGGCCUGCGCUAA